AUGGACGUCAUCCGCAAGUAUCUAAAGACAGAUCUUCCGCGCUAUCUCAAGGGGUUGCCGCUGCCUCGCACGUUUUCGGGCUUUUUAAAGCUCAAACAAGCCGAUUGGAUGUAUCUGGCGCCACUUCUCAUCACUAUCUUUAUGCUGGGACUGACGCUGUUUGCUGGCAAGGGCAACUCAAAGCCUAGACGUGUGAACCGUAAGGUGCAGAUGGAGAAGGAGAAGGUGGUGGACUUUGUGUCGAUACCGGACGUGGAAGACGUCAUCAAGGAGAAAGGCAAGUGUGCGGUCUGUCGCUGCUGGAAGUCCAACAAGUUCCCGUACUGUGAUGGCUCUCACAUGAAGCACAACAAGGAAACGGGUGACAAUGUUGGACCACUCGUUUUUACGGCCAAGAAGGCCUAA